AUGGCUGCAUCCAUCGAGAGUUUACUGGAGGAAAUCUCCGGCGUCGAAGACCCAAUUGAAGAGCUGCAGAGUUUAAAAACAGCCAUAUUAUCGAUCCCUGUGAGCGCGUUGAGAGACUCAGUGAGCGGGCAGCGUUUAAACGUGAUAUUCUCUUUGUUAAACUCAAAUCAAAGGGAGCAGGUUGAGCUGUGUGUGGACAUCCUUGAACGCAUCUUAAUGGCCCUCAGCCCUACAUGCUUGGCCCAGAACUACAGAGUGGAGCUGCGGGGGGGUCUGACCCAUCCCACUCAAACUGUUAAGAUACUGGCUUUGACACAGAUCGGCAGAAUAGUGGAGCACCCCGACGCUGUCACCGAAAUCCUCAACAACCACGACAUUCUUCAAGCGGUGAUUCACUGCAUCGGGGAAGAGAUGUUGGCUGUAGCAAAGCAGGCAAUCCAGACCUUGUCUAAACUGAGUCACUCCAAACCCGGGUUGGACAAAUUGUUCCAGAGCGACAUGCUGAAAGUGAUGAAGGAUGUGAUGGCCACAAGUGACAUUGUCAGGUACAGAAUAUAUGAGCUGGUGGUGGAGAUCUCGUCUAUGUCUCCCAUUUCCCUCGGUUACUGUGCCAACAGCAGCUUAAUUUCUCAGCUGCUUGGAGAACUGACAGGAGAUGAUGUAUUGAUCAGAGCUACAGCCACUGAGAUGGUGACCACUCUAGCACACAGUCAGCAUGGCAGGCAGUAUUUGGCCCAGCAGGGUAUAAUGGAUAAGAUCUCCAACAUGAUCAGAGGGGCAGACACCGACCCUUUCUCCUCCCUCUACCUUCCGGGUUUGGUGAAGUUCUUUGGAAACCUGGCCAUUAUGGAGAGCCCACAGCAGGUUUGUGAAACCUACCCGGCCUUCCAGAACAAGGUGUUUGAGAUGGCUCUGGACCCAGACCCUGUGAUGAUCGGCGUGGCUCUGGACACUUUGGGAUUACUCGGCUCCUCUGUGGAGGGGAAGCAGGUCCUUCAGAAAACAGGAGAAAAGUUCAAAUCUGUGUUGUUAAGAAUGAGCCAGCUUGCCAGCGCUGGAGCUACAGACCUCCGCGUGCGCAGCUUGGACGCCAUAUCACAACUUCUCACUCUACAGCCAGAGCAGCAGACAGAAGACAUCUUGGCCCUGACAGAGUCCUGGUUCCACCUUUUGUCUAACCAUCCCAUGGACAUGAUUAGCAACAUUAGCACUCAGCCGUUCCCAGAGCUGCAUUGUGGGGCUCUGAGGAUAUUCACUGCCAUUGCCACUCAGCCUUGGGGUCAGAAGUUAAUGAUCAGCACUCCCAGUUUCAUGGAGUUUGUUUUGGAUCGUUCAACGGGUCAGACAAAGGAGGCCAAAGAUGCCAAGUUUGCACUGGUGGGGUCACUGGUGUGUUCGUCAACAGCAGCAGAGAUACUGGGCAGCCAGCAUUACAUCCGUCUGAAGACUUAUCUCAGAGAGGGACCUUACUAUGUGUCAGCUGUGGCCACAGUCAGCACAGAAGGAGCAGACUGAUUCCAACACGCAUACACUUCAUGGGUUUCUAGUUAAUGUUUAAGUAAUGGGUAAGUGCCUAAAUAAUCUGACUGAACGUAUUAUACUCUGUUAUAAUGAACUCAUUCUCUACAUGUUCUAACAAAUCAGGAUGUGGUGAUAAAUAGUUCAGUUGAUUAAAACUUUCUUAGUUUUUUAACAUAAUUUUCCAAAAACGCUUAACAAUGUUCAACAUUAACUCAUAGAAGUAAUUUUAUUUACCUUCUUUGCCUGAGCAAGGUCAUUAACAGACAUUAUUAUAUUUAUCAGGCUUUUCUCAUAAGACAUUCCCAUUUAACAACUGAUCUUCAUCUUCAUUUCACUUCAUUUUUCUUUAUUUGACCUCAUGAGUAAGUCUAGUAACUUAAAUAUGAGUAUCCUCUAACUACGGGGGAGUAAUAAAAGUAAAAUCUAAGGUAAAGUUUGCAAACAUAAUUGUACCUUAACAGUUUUGGACACAGUGUUCAGUCUAAUUAAGAUGGCUGACUCAAAAACAUGAUUCUUUUCUCUAGGAAGUAAAGUAUAGAAAUGUAAGAGUAAAGGGAAAACAAUUCCUCAGUUUUCAUUAGUAGUGAAUUAAAGUGGCACAUUUUAUACAUCAAGUUUGUCAUAAGGAGCAUAAACAGCCUGGGAAAACAGUUAAUAUCAUCAGGGUUAUUUUCAGUUUGAAACUGAUUUAUUCUUUACAGAAAACCUGUGUUACAAACGGGCGAUGUGAAGUUUGUUAGACUUGCGUAGAAGACAGAGUUUCUAAUUAAAUAGGCUUUUGUGUUGCAUUAUGGGAAAUGUAGGAUCCAGUGUUUUUGGAGCCUGACUAAUAUUAGAGACUAAAAGCUAAGAUAUCUUAAUUUCUGUUACUUUGAUUUUCUCUUGUAAGUUACCCAACUUUAUAUAUAUGCAACACUAGAUCGCAGGUGUAUCAAACACAAAAGCAUCAAGCAUAGAGCCAUUACUUAUUAUUGUGAAUCACCAUAUGACUGGAUACCAGUGGACAUCAAUAUGUCUCCACAUCUUAUUAUAACAAGUCAACACCUGUUUACUUACUGAGUCAUUACCUUAAGCAUUUACUUAAGCAAUAAUUAGAGACUUUCUAGAUUCCCUCAAAUGUUCACCAACCAGGCACAAAUUCACAUCAUCAUAUACAAUAUCUUUUUCACUGCUUUCCACAUCCUUCAGACAUUGAUUGAAUUUGUUUGUGUCAAAAAUAUUUUUGUUUUCUAAAUAAAUUUUUUGUAAUUAAAGAGGAUGCAGUCGG